UAAAUAUCAUGCUCUUUGGCCCUGUUUCUCUGGAUCCAGAGCAAAAGCUUGCCAUAGCCACCGAAAAAGCGCAAAUCCACGCAGCCGCUGCUGUCCAGCCCUGCUCCUCCCCACGCUCCGCAAGGGCACUUGCUCUUCCCUAUUCUCACCAGAGAGGCACAAGCGCACCGUCCCUUCCAGCGGCAGGCGGAGGGAAGAGAAAGGGUCUGUUGUUUUUCUCUCGUUGUUUCUCCCUCCCUCACGGCCGAUCACCAAGCUGCUGACCAGGUCAGAAAGCCCUGAUGGAAAUUCUCCAGGGCUGGGCGGGCCCCUGCUCCUCCAGGGAGCUUGUCCUUGACUAAUUUUUCUUUGUCCCGAUGGGAAAAAGAGAGAGAGAGACAUAAAAAAGAAAAACCACAAACUUCCUUUGAAAAUCAGCUUGUAGUCGGGGCCUGGAGCGCAUGCCCUAGACUCUGCAACUCAGGAAUCCCGAAGACGCUCUGAGCAAUCUGGGAGUACCUGGGCUGCCCUUCUGCCUGCCCGCACCCUCCUCUGGUGACCCCAGUCGUGGGCGUGAGUCCGGAAGUGGCCACCACCAAGCCUGGACAGCCGCUCAUAAACCUGUGUAGACCUGGAUAAGCUCUGGCCUUGACAGCUUGGAAGGCAGCUGGGACUGUGGAAAUACUCCUCCUUGGGGCCACCUUCCUCAUCGAAUUGCCACUACUGGACCCUCUUGCUCUAUCCAGGAACAGCACCCACUUCUUUAAGGGAAGCUGACUCCAUCCAAUGACUUCAGUCCCACCAGAAUCCUCCCUCCCAACCUGAAAGCCCUGUACCCUCGUCGGUCCCAUGUGGUCACAGCCUGUGAGAGCCCAAUGACUUCCUUCUUAGUGGAUCAGUCUCUUUUUCCCAUACCAAGCCUACAUUAGGCACCUCCCCGAGGGCAGGAAAGUCCUUUGGUGCCCCUCAAUUGACCUCUUCUGACCAUGGAACACCAUCAAGCUGAGCUUCCAGACUCUGGUGAGGCCAAGAUUCCAGAAGCAGUCAGCUCUGAGAACCAGGAGGUCCUCUCACAACCAGAGGAGCGGCCCCAAGACAAGGAUGCUGGAGAUGCUGAUGGGACAGCUGAAGAACAGGAGCCUGUAGGCCAAGCUUCACUGCUGGCCCAGGGCCAGGGUAACCUUGAGUUCCCUCCACCUGAUAUGAGUUCAAGCCAACUGGAGCCGGCCCCUGGGAUACAGCCCGAGGUAGAAACAGUGGGGGCCUGCUCCAGGCCCCAGGAGCUCCCCCUACCCCUCAGGGCCCGACAGCCUGAGCUGGAUUUCUACUGUGUAAAGUGGAUCCCCUGGAAGGGGGAACGGACACCUAUCAUCAUGCAGAGCACUAACGGCCCUUGCCCUCUCCUUGCCAUCAUGAACAUCCUCUUUCUUCAGUGGAAGGUGAAGCUGCCCCCUCAGAAGGAAGUGAUCACGUCAGAUGAGCUCAUGGCCCAUCUUGGAGACUGCCUCCUGUCCAUCAAGCCCCAGGAGAAGUCAGAGGGACUUCAGCUUAAUUUUCAGCAGAACGUGGACGAUGCAAUGACAGUGUUGCCUAAACUGGCCACGGGUCUGGAUGUCAACGUACGAUUCACAGGGGUCUCUGACUUUGAGUACACUCCUGAGUGCAGCAUCUUUGACCUCCUGGGCAUACCUCUGUACCAUGGCUGGCUUGUUGACCCACAGAGUCCUGAGGCUGUGAGCGCAGUUGGGAAACUGAGUUACAACCAGCUGGUGGAGAAGAUCAUUACCUGCAAGCACUCUAGAGACACCAACCUUGUGACAGAAGGCCUGAUUGCGGAGCAGUUCCUGGAGACCACUGCAGCACAGCUGACCUACCACGGACUGUGUGAGCUAACAGCAGCUGCCAAGGAGGGUGAACUUGGUGUCUUUUUCCGAAACAACCACUUCAGCACCAUGACUAAGCACAAGAGUCACUUGUACCUACUGGUCACUGACCAGGGCUUUCUGCAGGAGGAGCAGGUGGUGUGGGAGAGCCUGCACACCGUCGACGGAGACAGCUGCUUCUGCGACUCUGACUUCCACCUGAAUCACUACCUCGGCAGGGGGCCUGGAGCAGGGGGUGGUGGGGGCUCCCCUGAAAAGCAGCGCCAGGUAGACCAGGACUACCUGAUCGCCUUGUCCCUGCAGCAGCAGCCGCAGGGCACGCUGAGUCUUAGCGACUUGGAGCUGGCCCAGCAGCUUCAGCAAGAGGAGUACCAGCAGCAAGCAGCCGUGCUGCCCACGCCGGUGCGGGCCUCACCACAGGGGAGAGGAGCCACAUCUGGUCGCCCAGUCGGGGAGCGUCGACAGAGGCCCAAACAAGAGUCAGACUGUGUCCUCCUAUAGCUUUGCCCAGUGCUGGGGCUGCCCCGCCUCUUUCUCAGAGGCCAUGGUUGUGCUGCUUGCUUCCCCCAGCUCCACCCCUGAGAUAUGCAGGGUAACUUAUUUAUGGACUGUGGGGGAUCCAAGCAGGUGGUCAAUGCCAAGGUCAGAUUUGGUGACAUCUUGCCCUCCUAUGCUGCUGCCUUCUCUGCCUCCGUCAUCCAGGGCAACACUGGGGUUGGUGGGGUGAGGAUUUCUGGUUGCCAGCUCACCUUUCCUAGAACAGUCACACCCACAGAUGGACUCAGGCUCCAGGGUGAGGUCCUUGUCUAGAAUGCACCUCCCCUGGCCAGGCCCUCCUGCCGAUCCUGCUGGCCCGACUCCAGUUGUUUCAGGGUUUGGUUUGGGUUUCUAUCUCCAUUAUUUGUAAUGCUUUCCUAGGGGUUUGGAAAUAAAACUUCGUUCCUGAGA